UCCUGAAAGUCCAUGACUGUCUGGUUGUUUGUCCUGCCAUAGGGUAGUCGAUUUUCAUCUCUGACGACGGUAUAAGAGUGCUGGGAUCGGCUUAGGCUCGUUCCAUUUUACGGUUUGCAAAUUUGUUGCAACUUUCUCAUUUCAUCAGGAAAGGAAAAUUCCGAAAUUUCCUUUCUUUUCCAGAGCUAAAUCUCAUGUGAAUAUAGUGUGUGUGGCUUGUGGAAAAUAACAGAAAACAAGUGUCGCGUGUAGGGGGGAACCAAAGUAAGGAGUGACUUGAAAGCAAACAAUUUACUAAAUGGAUUAGGGAGUGUUCGAUGAUUUCAAUAAUAAUUAUCAUCUGAAAGGGCAGUUUUUUGCGAAACGGAGCGAGUUUUUUUCGCGUCGGUUUUUUUUUUUCUGGAGAAAUCGCGAACCCUUUUGGGAAGGGAUAGAGUCUUGUAAGCGUUGCGUUUUUAUCUGAAUAAAUAAACAGCCUUUUGUUGAGAAGGAGGUCCUGCGGGGAACGACAACCUCAUAAUGAAGCAGUGUUUACUAUUCGCCAAAAUCCUUUUUAUAGUGUUUGUUUGUGUACUGGUCGCGGAUGCCAAGAAGAAAAAGUACGACGGGGAUUUUGAAUUUAUCGAUGAGGAAGACAAAAGCUCAUCAUCACCCCAGAAGACUUUGCCUGAAAAGAAGAAGUGGAUCCAUGACCCAUCAAGUGAUUUAUGUCGACCUUUAAAUUGCAAAAAACGUGAAUUAUGCUUACUAGAAGAUGCUUAUACAGCGGUGUGUGUAUCUAAGAAGGAAUUACAUAGAAACAGAGACGAAAUCAUUCCUAAAUCGAAACUUCUCGAAGAGGAAGCAAAGCGGAAAGCAACGCAGGACGAUAAUGAGGAACAGGAUGACACUUCUGAAGAUAGUGCCCAGGACGAUGAUGUUUUUUAUGAUAUCAAAGCGACAGAAAAAGAUGAGGACAACUGCAAAACAUGCCCAACAAUCAAACCAACAUUUCUCUGUGGAUCAGAUAAUCGAACAUAUUCAUCACUCUGCAGACUAGAGUACCAUAACUGCAUCCACUCAACUGCUAUUAAGAUAUCUUGCAAAGGAUUUUGCCCAUGCAAAGAACUUGUCGAUUCAAAGAAGCUACAAAGAAUAAACGAAAGGCAGAAUGCAAAAUACAAAAAGACAAUUGCACAACAGGAACAGCAAGGUGAUGACUCUAAUCAGGAUGAAAAGGACGACAAAAACCGACAUUACAACCAUAUUAACUCACAAGUAUCGUACACCCCAGAGGACAUCAAGUAUGACAACAAACACUACAAAUACCUCAAGUACACUGCCUAUAAAAAGGACAAUCAAUUUCAAGAAGAUAAGCACAAAAUCCGAGGAUACAAUGAAGUAAUCGAUAAACCACCAAAGUACACGAAAACACCCAACCAGAAUUCCAGAUUCCCAUCCAAGUCGGCCGAAUGUAAGCCACAGCAGCUAACAGCUAUCGGAAAUCGUUUAUUAGACUGGUUCUCGGUCAUAAUGGCAGAUAGUAAGAAGCGACGUCAGCACACUCAAAAGUCGAAAGCCCAUUUCCCACCGGCCUGCAAAACGGAAGCCAAAUGGAUGUUCGGACACCUUGACCUGAACAACGAUGGACUCCUCUCACUGCAAGAACUUUAUGAUCUGGAACACGACCAAAACGAGCGAUGCAUCAAACCCUUCAUCGACACCUGCGACCUGGAUCAGGAUAACACAAUCAACACACGGGAAUGGUGUAGGUGUUUCGAAAAGACAGACCGGCCUUGUGCGGCCGUGAGAAGGCGCAUUGCCAACGAAGCGAUGGGUGCCUACGCUCCUGAUUGCGAUACACAAGGAUUCUAUAAGCCAACACAGUGCCAUAAUUCCGUUGGCGUCUGUUGGUGCGUCGACAAACACGGCGUGGAGUUCGCAAAUACCCGCACCAGAGGCAAACCCAAUUGCGAUAAUGUUAUUAACAAUACAUCAGCGAUAACAUCUGACGAUGAAGAUGAAGAUACAGACGAUGACGACGACAGCACGGAGGGCAGUGCAGAUCAAAUGUUAGUUUUUUAAAUCAACAAAUGGACAACAUGUACUCUAAAUGAAGAAUAAUAACAUUUUGCUAAGUGAAACUAAAUCUAAAUAAAUUACUAUGGAAAUCACAGAUUUUUGUAAUUAGUUAUACAAUUUAUAAAGCGAAGUUCUGGAGCAAACAUUCUUGAUAUUGUAUAAGUGAAUUGCCAGACAAAAAAAAAGAUGAAAAACAAAAUUUCAAAACAUAUGCAGGAUCAAUGAAUAAUUUUACUAAUUUUCUCUCUCUACUAUUUGCUAAACACAAAUUAGAAAACUCCUUACUCAUCAUAGACUAUUUGUAAUUUUUAACGAAGUAAUCGUAUUUGUAACGACAGUAAAAUGCUACUUUUGUGAAGCAAGUUUUGAAAAUUUGUUCCAACCAGAAUUGACGCAAAAGAAAGGAUGCAAAGAUUUUCUAAAAAAAAAAAACACUAAAAUCUAUAACUGAAUUGAAACUAUGUCAGGUUUACUGGAUAAGUUCAUUUAGCAAAUCAAACUCAUGGAGGCAUUCAUUUGUUGUAAAUGCACUUCUAAAUUUUGAAUCAUAUUUUCAUGCAAUAAACAUUAUCAAUCCGAAUCAGACCCAUCCAUAAAUCAUUCUGUUUUUGCACUUUCCUAGAAAGACUACUUAGUUUUGAAUGAGUGCUAUAUAAGGAAAUAAAAUCCAAUAAAACGAGUCAAUUUAAGAUGGACAUAAUACUUGAGUGGAAAUAAAACAACUAACAUAAAAGUAAAAAAUAAAAUUAGGAAAGUAGUUGAAUUCUUCUGUUCCGUUUGAAAUUGGGUUAAAUUUGUGCAGGUCGAACUAAAAACGUAGAAGUAGUUGCGUGCUUGUAGAGAUAUUUAUUGAAGAUGGAAUAUAACGAGAAAGAAAAGAUUGCACAGUAAAUUUGUUUCCACAAAUUCCAAAUUCCGCGAAUGCGAAUGGACUGUCUCAUAUUACAAUAAAAAUGCUAUUCAAUGUAGUGUUGAAGCUUGAAGCUUACAAUGUUCAUCAAUAAGAAGCGAUAAAAAUGCCUUUUCCUUAUUUCUGAAGAUUGGUAUCUCCCACGUAUGUGAAGCACGUGACUGUGCAAUGAAGUACAACCAAUUCCAUUUAAGCCUCGGUGGUUUGGAAUGCCGGAAGUCAAUCCAAUGAAACAUUCAAAAUUUAUUUGCCAUUCACAAGGACAUUUAGUAGAAUAUAUUAACAAAAAUUUACCUAAUUAUUAUUUUUAUUAAUUUAUUAUUCAAUUUUAUUUAAUUUUUUAAAUUAAAUUAAUUUAUUUACUCCACCAUAUAUUUUCAAUUUAAACCUGAUUUACAUUCCCUUAAUUCAAUAUAAAAUUAGGAGUCCAAUAUUCCUUUCUUCACAAAGAAUCCUUCUUACUUUUAGGCUAGCUAUAAAAUUUAUAUAAUACAUCGUAGGAAUACUAUACUUAGGUGUGAAUGGAAAGCAGAGUAAAAAGAUUCCCCCAUUCCAUGUGCAAAUCAAAUCUAAAACACUUAAGAUAGGCUGCAAAUUUUAUCUGAGAAGCUAAAUAUGUAGGAAAGCAAAUUCAAGAAAUCAUUCGCUCGAAACCAGGACUAGCUAAAGUUUACAUAGUUAAAUUUGAAAGAUGCUAUAAAUUUGGAAACGCUAAAGAGACACGCAUUAUUUGGACACCAUAUAUUAAAGCUAAAAUACAAAAAAUUCAAGUAUGCUAUUCGAUGUACGCAUGGAAAAAAUCCAGAUUUAUUUUAUAUUCAUGGAAAGAAAAUUUAUUUAUACAUAUGAAAUUUAUGAGCAUAAAAAGAGAAGAAAAAAGAAAAACACAAAAACGCAAGAAGCUAAUGAAAACAUGAGUAAUAAACGUCCUUAAUAUAAUAUUUAAUUAUUGAUACUCUCUACUUAGAUAUAAACUUUAGCUAUAAAUGUCUUAUUUACAAGAAAAAGAAAUGUUUUUAAAAGAAAAUAAUAUGAAGCUUUUCAUUGUCACCUAUUAUCGUCACUAUCAUUUCGAAAUAUAUAUUUUGUAAUUGGAGAUCAAUCUGUUUUGUGUUAAAGUGUUAAUAUUCAAUAAGAUUUUUGGAUGAUAAAGUCAAGAAAGAUAUUUACAGCUCUGAAUAAACAAUAGCAUAUUGGGUAUGGUGAAAGCAAAUCACUAAUUUAUAAAAGAAAAAAGAAUAUAGGCUUAAUGUUUUGUUGUAUUUAAUGGAUAAUUAUUAAUAAAUAAAAAUAUAUAUAAGUAUAA